CUGUAAACCUCCCCACUCCCAUGAGGACUCUUGGGACUCUCGUCAUUCGGCUCUAUCAAAAGUAACAUUUUACAGUUAUAAAGGCUCCCGAAGACAGCCCGCCAAAAUGGGGCGAGAAGAUCAGAUCGAAGAGCGCGAAGUGCUUGAAUCUAUUUUCCCUGAUGAAAUCACAGAUAUCUCUGAAACCGAGUUUAGAGUAUCAGUCGCGUUAGACAUUCCAGGUGAAGAAGAUCAAGAUCCUCCUACCAUACUUCUCCAAGUGAGAUAUCCAGAAGAUUAUCCCGAAAAGCCACCUCAUCUCGACAUCCUCGCUCCUCCAAAUGCCACACCCCACGAACACUUCAACAUUGCAGAAGACCGCGACCAGCUCCUUGCCAGUCUCGACGACACCAUUCAAGAAAACCUCGGAAUGGCCAUGGUCUUUUCAAUCGUAUCAACACUGAAGGAUAAUGCCGAGCAGCUUGUCCAAGAGCGCAAGGACGUCAUCACAAAGGCACAUGAGGAAGCUGCGCUGGCUGCUGAGGCAGAGGAGAACAAGAAAUUUCACGGCACAGCUGUUACGCCCGAGACAUUUUUGAAGUGGCGUGAGGGCUUCUUGAAGGAGAUGGAGGAGAAGAGGCAGCAGGAGGAAGACGAGCGUCUUGCUGAGCUGAAGAAAGCGAAGACCAAGGAACCCGCCCGCAUGACGGGUAGACAGCUCUGGGAGAGGGGUCUUGCUGGCAAGGGUGAAGAGGAAGAGGACGACAUGCCUGUCGAGGGUAUCGAGAAACUUAAAGUUGAGGCCGCAUAAGGUGGUAUAUGACAAGCAUGCAUUACUUGGAGUUUGGGCUUGGGAACUGAUACAAAAAGGCGAACAGCUUACUACGGCAUGAGACGAUGGAUGUUGCCACGGAUUUAUCUGGUCUUGGUUGGCUACGACAGGCCUUGAGGGGCCUAGUAC